GUUGUUUUGCUCACAGCUGCUAUCCCACGAGCCAUAAAAAAAACUUUUCUAUAUUUAAGUAAAUUUUUUAGUUACAAAAUAUUUAAUUAUUUGUAAAUAAAGCCAACAUGGUGUCUAUACUUUCAAGAGUGAAAGACGUAAUAAAAUACAGCAUGAUGUAUGCUUGUCUUACGCACUGUACUUUUGAAUAUGUCGGUGAUUUUGUGGUGUGCAACGGUCCAUCAAUGGAACCUACAUUGCAUUCGAAAAACAUCUUGCUGACAGAACGCAUAUCCACACGUUUUCAUAAUCCGCGACGAGGCGAUAUAAUCAUUGCUGUGUCUCCCACCGAUCCCAAGCAAUUCAUUUGCAAACGCAUUGUAGGCAUACCUGGAGAUCGAAUCGUUUUAAAAAACAACACAAAACCAAUUGAAACUGAUAUCGAUGCUUUAGUAACAAGUAAAACACAAAAAAUAAAUAAUUUUCAAGAUGAAUAUGUGCCUCGUGGUUACAUAUGGAUUGAAGGUGACAACAGUGAAAAUAGUUCGGAUUCACGAUACUAUGGUCCAGUACCAUUAGGACUAGUGAAAAGCCGGGUAGUGUGUCGACUUUGGCCGAUAAAGGAAGCGCGUAUGUUAUAGGCACAAAGUUUAAUGAGAAUUUAUUUUCUCACAAGUAGUAAAUAUACUAUUGUUAUUUCUGUAAGCUUACAAAUAAAAUACUUGACCAAAAAAUCAAUAGAAUCUAGUAGCUUUAUAAAUAAUUAAUUUUAUUUUUACAUGUUAAAUAGUUUUUCUUUCAAGAAUUAUUUAAAAACAUAUGUAUUUACAUACAUACAUAUGUACAUAUGCUUUGAUAAGAAAUGUUAGGGGAAACAAACAAAUAUUCAUGCAUCUGGCAACUACAAAUUAAUGAAUUUGCGCGUGUUGCUUUUGUUUACCCUUUACUUUUAUAAAGUUAACAAUAAAGAAAAUAAUAAUAUCUUUUUACAUUUGUAAUAAUGACUACAAACGUUAAUAUACGUCUAGCUAUUGAUCGGGUCAAUAUGGGUUUGUUGGCACAAAACCAGACAAGGGCACCGCGUCUUUACACACCCGGCGAAGUGGUCACUGGUCAGUUUGGUUUCAUGAAGGGCCAUGGCACUUAUGUUGAAGGUGAAGACAUCAAAGCAUCUGUAGCUGGAGUGAUGGAACAGGUGAACAAACUAAUUUCUAUAAAACCACUUAAGAGCCGUUAUGUAGGUGAAAUUGGCGAUGUUGUGGUUGCGCGCAUUACUGAGGUACAACAAAGACGUUGGAAGGUGGAUACGAACUCCCGUUUGGAUUCCGUAUUGCAGUUGUCUUCUGUAAAUUUACCGGGCGGUGAAUUGCGUCGAAGAGGUGUGGAAGAUGAACAAAUGAUGCGUAAAUAUCUACAAGAGGGCGAUCUUAUAUCGGCUGAGGUGCAGAAUAUUUUUGAUGAAGGCACAUUAUCACUUUACACUCGAAGUUUGAAAUAUGGCAAACUAUCACAGGGAGUACUUGUCAAAGUCUUUCCUUCGUUGGUUAAGCGUCGUAAGACGCAUUUUCAUAACUUGACAUGUGGUGCAUCCAUAAUUCUUGGCAACAAUGGUUUUAUCUGGAUAUCGCCGACUGUGAAUAACGAAGCUGAUGGCGGUGACGGUGGCUAUGCACAAAAUUUGAGUGAAGUAAUACCGCGAGCAGACCGAGAGGUAAUUACACGUCUGCGAAACUGCAUUCUAGCUUUAGCGCAUUGCAAAAUGAUGCUUUAUGACACAAGCAUCCUGUACGCAUAUGAGGAGUCCAUGAAAUACGAAGUGCAUGAAUUGCUGCAGCAGGAGGCUAUAUUUGAUGUGGCCUUUCUAACACAACAUCGUUUACGUUUACAAGAAGAAUAAGAGUUAAUAUUAAGGUGUAUGACAACGUGCAGAUUUAGGCUAAACACAUUUGUUUAUAUACAUAAAUAAAUUUAAACAUUUUUCUUAUAAA